CACUUGUGGACGCCAGGUGCCCCCGCGCUCGUGGGGGGGGGGGGUCUACAAAACGUUUUCCUAACACAGUCUGACUCUUACAACUGUGAACGCCAGCGCUGCAUAGUGUGAUCUACACUGUUGCGAGGGACGACAGUCAUUGGACGGAGCCGCAAACUGUCCAGUAAGCUCCUCAAACCGACAGUUGAGAACCGACAAUCGGCUGAUGAGAAACAGUGUAACGAGGAUGAGCAACACACUGAGAAACAUCAGGAGAAUGGAGACAUACAACAGGCCGGCGAGCACCAACAGGCUGGUGGUGCUCCCACCAAAACCAAAAUCCAUCGCUGUAACAUCUGCCAGUUGACAUUCGCCACAACAUUAAGCUUUGAAAGACACAUGAAGAGACAUGAAGCAAACAAACCACAUGAGCGCCAAGACUGUGACAAGAAAUUCGUAACAAAAUCUGGCCUCGAUAUUCACAGAAGAAAACACACAGGUGAGAGACCAUACAAGUGUGACAAUUGCUCAAAGGCCUUCACAACACGAUCAGUACUCAUUAUGCACAUGAGAGGCCACACAGGUGAGAAACCUUAUGAGUGCAAUACUUGUGGUGCAAGGUUCACUCAGAGUGCAACUCGAGCUGACCACAUGCGGCGUCAUACAGGAGAAAAACAAUACCAAUUUACCACUUGCCCAGAAAAAUUUGUUACGAGAAUAAAUUAUCGUGGGCACAUAUUGUUGUCUCAAAGAAAAAGUAAGAUUGAGUGUAAAAUAUGUAAAAAACAAUUUACCUCCAACCUUAAACUUAAAAACCAUAUGGUUAAACAUUCAAAUGAAAGACCAUUUGAAUGCGGAGAAUGUGGAAGAAAGUUUAAAAGCAAAAUUUCGGUGGCAAGUCAUCUAAAAUCCGUACAUUCAAAUGAAAAACCUUACAAGUGUGACAUAUGCAUGAAAAGAUUUGCAGUAAGAAGUUCUCUUAUCUUGCACACGAUGACUCAUACUAAUAUUGGCAGAGUUCAGUGUGAACAAUGUGGAAGGAUGCUCAACUCUAAAAGACAUGUUCUCCGUCACCAAACUUCACAAACUGGAUGCAAGAGAAACUAUGUUUUUAAACCAUUCUUUUGUAAGCUAUGUGGAACCCAGUUUAAUAAUGACAGCACCGCUCGAAAACAUAGAAGGAUCAUGGAUUGCACGAAAACACAUGUACGUUUCUUAUGUGACUUCUGUCGUGAGGACUGUAAAACAUACGAAGGACUUCUAACGCAUCUGCUUGAUCAUGCUGAACCUGGAAGGAAAGGUUAUGACAGCUUACUCCAUAGAAUGACUCAUAGCAAAAAACGUAUCAAUCCAGCCUGGGUAGUGAAGGUUUACAACUCUGAUACAGUUAGUACGUCAAGAGACAGCAGUGGUGCUUACAUUAAUAUCGAUCAACGGCAAGUCACAAGCGUCCCUACUGACCAUACACCAGCUGUUCACAACAACACAGUUGUGCACCAUCAACGAGACAAUGUAGUCUAUCACAAAACAGCUAUGGACCAUCGCAAAACAGUUAUAGACCAUCACGAAACAGUUGUAGACCAUCGCGAAAUAGCUGUAGAUUAUCACAAAACAGCUAUAGACUAUCGCAAAACAGCUGUAGACCAUCACGAAACAGAUGUAGACCAUCACAGAACAGCUGUAGACCAUCACAAACCAGCUGCAGAUCAUCAUAAAACAGCUGUAAACGUCUUAUCUCAGGAUUCGUGUUUUACUGGUGAAACUAAUUUUGAUAAGAUAAACACGAAUGAAAAGCUAAAUAAGUAUGAGGGUAGAAAAUAUCUCGGAAAUACAGAAGCAUAUUAUAAUUUAGACAGUAAUCACGUGAAUGGCGUAUGGGGAACAUGUCGAGAUCUUGGCAACAACUAUAUUUUAACCAGGGAACUGCAGGUGAGGGAUAAAUGUGACAUAGAAGUGAUCAAACAUGCUUGUGUGAUGCAGAGAAGUUAUCCCAUGAUUAAGGAAGCAGAAGAAGUGAGUGUGAAAGAGGAGAAUGAGACAGUUGAUAAAUGGGAAGAAGAGCCGGAGAUGCAGAAGACAUCAGAUAGACAGUUCCUAGAGAGCACCUCACUCCUCAUCGUCAACGGUAUCACCACAAUCAAGCGUGAAGCGCCUCAUCCUGUUCCUCACACUUCAGUACCUCAUUAUUGAUAAUAUGUUCGACC